CUGCCGGCUUCCGCGGUUCCUCCCCUUCGUCCCAACCGCCGGCCGCCGCGCCGGCCUCUCUCUCCCUCUCGCCCCGCCUUCGGCCUUCUUGCUCGACGCUGUACUAAUUGAGUUGGCUCGCCGCGUGCGCCGCCGGCCGGCCACCAUAUCCUAUCCCGCCGGUCCGCCGUUGGCUCAGCCAGUGGGGAGCGGUUGACACGUGGGCCGGUGUCGUCACGACCCUGGGCCCGUGUCAGCCCAUUACGCUUACACCACUUGUUCGAUUCCGGCCCGGACAGUACACGUCGCCUCCACGUACCUGUCAUCUCAUCUCAAUCGAAUGGCGCAGUGAAGUAGCAGACCGAGGAAGCCACUCCAGGACUUUGCUCGGCUGACACCAGGAAGAUGAGCUCGCUACACGCCACACGAGCGGAGCUUGGCCUGGUUGUCCUGUACCUGAACAAAGCCGAGGCCCGGGACAAGAUCUGCAGGGCGAUCCAGUACGGCUCCAAGUUCGUAAGCAACGGGCAGCCUGGCACUGCGCAGGAGGUCGACAGAUCGACCACCUUGGCUCGCAAAGUCUUCCGGCUCCUCAAGUGGGUCAAUGAUCUGCAUGCUCUUAUCAGCCCGCCGGCCAAAGGGACUCCGCUCACCCUCGUUCUGCUUGGCAAAUCCAAAAACGCGCUGCUUUCGACGUUCUUGUUCUUGGAUCAGUUUGUGUGGCUCGGACGAACGGGGAUCGUCAAGAACAAGGAGGCGACGGACCGCGUUGCCAGGUUAUCCCUGUACUGCUGGAUGGCUUCUUCUGCCUGUGCAGGUCUAGUUGAGCUUGGAGAGCUUAAAAGGCUAUCGAGAUCGAUGAGGAAGCUUGCAAGAGAGCUGAGGGACACAGAUAAAUAUGAGAACGAGCAGUACCAGGACAAAAUGAGGCAGUCAGAUGAACGGCUCCUGGCCCUGGUCAAGGCGGCCAUGGACGUGGUCGUGGCCGUCGGGCUUCUUCAGCUGGCGCCCAAGAAGGUCACUCCGAGAGUGACAGGAGCCUUUGGGUUCGUCACCUCGCUUAUCUCCUGCUAUCAGCAACUUCCUUCCCGCGCUCCUGUUGCCAAAGUCAAAGUUUGAGAGGUGUCGCCGUCCUAGUAAAAAAAAAAGAGGCGACGCUGGAAAUCGAUCUCUGCUUCAACAAUGGAUCGUAAUAUAAUUUUAUUAUGCGAAUAUAAGGCAGGCUAGCUAUGUAUUUUUUUUAUUAAAAAAAUAGUACAACAAAAUAGAACACCAGUGAUUGCACGUAUGGGCUUAUCACUAUCUUCUCUUUUUGCCUAGCAAUGGACAAGUAAUGUUCACGUGAUUAUGUCUUUGGAUAUGCUUUGCUUGU